GUAUAGUCCAUGCGCACAGGGGAUUCUCGGCUGAAGGCCUGGCAGAUGCUGGAUUUUGCCGGAAAGAAGUCUCCUGCUCGCAUGCGCGAGAGUGACGACAUUGCAGCUGGAGCCGCGAUACCCGGAAGACACGCCAAGGCAACAUGUCGGCUCCCUCGGCGUAGAUCAGGUACUGUAACAAUGACUGGCAAACUCCCUUCUCGCAGUUACCUGAAACCAGCAGCAGUGUCAUCCACAACACUGGGUCAUAGCUAUCACUUUGCACCUAUGGGCAAUUCAGAGAAUGACUUAUCAGAGGAGGAUCCUGAAGAAUAUGCACUACGGCCACGAGGGAGAGAGAAAACUAGAAGGAGCACUUCCAACGAACGCCUUGAUGACAUAAUUUUAAUCAGCAAGGACAUUGCAGAAGGGGACACCUUAAAUUCAAUAGCCCUUCAACAUUGUUGUACUGUUGCAGAUCUGAAAAGAGCCAACAACCUCAUUAAUGAACAGGACUUUUUUGCAUUGAGGAUAAUAAAAAUUCCAGUGAAGCGUUUCAGUUUAUUGGCUGACCCCCAGUUUUCCCCAAAGGGUAAACAAUCCAGGACCCUGCCUGGCCAGCCUUCAGAAGAGCCGCAACACGGCUUAUUACUUGAGGCAUUGCCUUUAGAGACAGCGGAUAGUUUUCUCCAAGAAGUAGAUCGUGAUAUCAAGCACAUAGUGCGGUCCACAGAUGUGACAAAGGAAAACCUUCAUGAAGUGGUUUCUGCUUUAAGCCAUGAUCUCCAUUUUGAACCUGAUUACAAAGCGGCCAAACCAAAAGACCCUUAUUAUGGAGCGGACUGGGGUUUGGGUUGGUGGACAGCUGUUGUCAUCAUGGUGAUUGUUGGAGUAGUUACACCAGUGUUUUAUUUUCUCUAUUAUGAAGUUCUAGACAGGGAGCCUCAUUUAAACGCCUCUCAUGCUGCCGAUCCUUCAAAGGUAGACUCUUCUGGAAAUAGUUAACUGGUGCAGCCUUCCUGUGGAACUAGAUUUGUGCUGUUGCCUGCACCUGGAGAAACCACAAUGGGCAUCUUGGCAGGAAACGAUGCACUGAACUUUGGUUAAGCAGUACAGAGUUGGAAGAUAGAGAUUGUAUUUUAUGUGAGGAUGCUGCUUUAGUAUUACAAUGCAACUGGUUCUUCUGUGAACGUAAAUCUAUUUUUGUAUAUGGUUGCAGGUAUUCAAGUCCCUUGGACACAGAAUAACCACAUAUUUUUAUAUUUAUUAUUCUGGUAAAUUUUAAAGCUUUAAUCCCAGGUUCACAUUGCUGGGAGUUGGCAUGUCAAAUUGUGUGCCAAACCAAAACUAUUGUCGGCAAUGGCACCGUCCGCAUCGGUGCAACGCUAACUUUGCGGCACCGCACCGAUUCCCAAAAGUAGUUUCUGUACAUUUUUUGGCAAUUUCGGGGAGGCUAUAGACAUCUGUGCAGGAACCCACACAGAUGUCGCUAAAAUCUCUCCUGAAGUCAGACUGACAUUGUGUGAGUUCAACUGAACUCGCAUGAUUUCAAUCCCGCCCCGCUGUCAUUGUGAACCUAGGCUGAAAGUAAUCCUGUCAUUUCUCAAGGCCCACACAAAUUUAACUAUUUAAAUGUAGACUAGGCACCACUUGAUUUGAAUGACUUCCCAGCCCUUCAGGGCAGUGAAUAAUAAGUUGUUAAAGGUUCUACUUUGCAUUGUAGGAUGCUCCAAGGGCUGUCCUCAUUGCUGACUUUCCGAAAGUUAAAAUCCUGAGAUACUUUGCAGCAACAGGAAAUGGUUAUCAAUCAGGACAGCUCUCUGAGCAUCCCACAAUGCAGAGCCUUAAACAACGAACUGAGUCGUAUCUACACCAUUACACUACACGGUGUGCUGUGGGGGUUACUAGGCUGCCAUGGGAAGAGCUACUUGUGUAGUGUUCCACUGGGCAGGGUAUAGUUUACAUUUUUAAAGUCUAACUGAAGUAACAGAAAUGCAGUCUGAUAAUGGUUGUCUUACAACCUGUAUUUUAUAAUCUUGCCUCCAUUUUACUGAUGCAGCAUAUGCUAAGAAUGUCUAAAAUAUGAGUGCAGUAUAGACACCCAGUAAUCAGCACUCAGUAACAGACAGUCUGACAUACCCCUUCUCUUCCUUAGCAGUACAACUCUGUGAGGACAGUUGUACUGAGGGAUUUGCUAUUGUUAAGGCAGGCCAUAGAUGAUGCAAAUUUCCUUCCUGCAACCAUGGGUUGCAAGAAAGAAAAUCUCUUCCUCCACAGAGCUGUGGAGGAGCAUGGGGAGAACACAGUGAUUAUUGCCAGCGGCUAUGUCUGCUGGCAGAAAUCGCAUGCUAGAAUUCUGACAUGCUGGUUGUACCCUGAUUGAUGGAUCGACUUGAGUACAAUCAGUUUGCCUAUACAUGGAUCGAAUCUUUGCCGGUCCAUGCUAAAGAGGCCAAGAUUGCCCGCUUUAGCCCUGACCGCACAGGGUACUGGAAUGUUUUUUUAUUUUAUGGAGUGAAAGUAUUUUAAAGCAAUCUGUGGUUACAGUACAAUAAAGGGAUAAAGAGCUGUGAAACUUUGGUUUUAAGAUUAGUUGUGAGAGGUUAAUUGUUGUGUUAGGACAUUAAUUAUCUGACAGCAUUAGGAGCAACUAUUUAACAAGCAUCCCAAAUAUGUGGAUUGUGUUGUGGAAGUUUGGAGCAUAGCAAUUAAAAAAAAA